AUGGAUCAAGAGAAAGAAGAAGUCUCUUUUCGUAAAAAGCUUCUCGAUAUCAUCGAAACUCUCACCGACAUCGAGAAUAUCUCAGAAUUAGAAGAGCAUCUCCCCCAUCUUCACGGUCUCGGUUGGGAUGAAGUGAUCGAGGAGCGUUUUGUGAAUAAGCAAUGCGGAUUCCCAGCAUGCUCUCAAAAUCCGCCAAAGAAAACGAAAACUCAAAUGUUUCAAAUCGACAAAAAAGAGGGGAAAAUCUAUGAGUUUUGCAAGCAAAGAAGCAAAUUUUGUUCCGAGAAAUGCUAUCAAAAGAAUCUUUUCGUUCGAAAUCAGCUAGAUGAGCAUCCCUUGUGGAUUACCGGGAUGACUGAAACCAGAAUGAAUAAAAAAUACGAGGUGCCUGAUGAAACAUUUGUGAGUCCAGUGGCAGAGAAAGUGGAAAAAGAAAAAGAAUCGAUCGAAUUCGUCGCUGAUUCUAUCAUUAAUCUAAAGCUAAACGAGGAGUAUCAGGAGCCAAAAGUGCUGGAAUCAGAUGAGCCGGAAAAGGAGCCGUAUAAGUUGACAGAGGACGAUAAGGAGUUUAUCAAAUCGAUAAAGCAGUUCAAGACGAACAAUUUCGGACCGGCAAAAGAUCCGAAAACUGCGCCUAAAAAGACCCCACAGCCCAGAUUAUCAGAGAAAAACCUGAAAAAAGAGGAAGAGAUUCUGGCGAAACUUCGGGAAAAAAUUCCAUCGGAAAGUCAAGCAUGCCCAAUCGUCACUUUUGCACCGCCUGUCAAUGAGAAAUACGCUUGGCUUCUGGACCUAAUGAAGUCGUGGAUUACUGAAGAAACACGUCGUCUGACUCGAGAAGGCCCUAGAUCACAUGGUGGAGACGUUGAGCAAAUUCUGAUGGAUUUUUUGUCUGGAAAGAAAAUCGACGCGGAGAAAUUGGUGGAUUUACCAAAUUUGGAUAAAUACAAUGUGAAGGAAAAACGACUGAACAUCUUUCUUCAUUCCAUGAGACAUCACUGGGCUGAUCUCGAAGCACGUCUUCAUCUCACUCCAACCCGUCGUGAUAUUCUGACUCGUGUAGCUGCCACGUUUCAUUUGAAUGCAGAGAACAUCACCGGAUGGAAUAAGAAAGAGCUCAACACGAUUUCAAUUGCUAUGUUUCUUCUAAUCUGCCUCGUCGACGUUGAACUCGGUGACGACUUCUUUAAGAAAGACCAUCCCUCUCCCGAGCUCUCCACCGUUUCCAUCGAUCUGUGCGACAUCGACUCAUCUGAACUAACCGGUUUAUACGAAGCCAUCAAGGCUCAAUGUGCUUGUUGA